AUGUCUUCCACACGCCGCAUCACAAAGGAAUUCGGCGACAUCACCCAGUCGCCCCCCAACGGGUACUCCGUCUCCCUCGGCCCCAACGACUCCCUCCACACCUGGCACGUCACCCUCCUCGCGCCCGCCGGCUCCGUCUUCCACCCGGGCCGCUUCGGCCUCGUCCUCACCCUCCCCGUCGAGUACCCCUUCCGCGCGCCCUCCGUCCGCUUCGUCACCCGCAUCUACCACCCCAACGUCACCAACGACUCCCUCGGCAACGUCUGCCUCGCCCUGCUCAAGCCGGAGAACUGGAAGCCGAGCACGAAAGUGGCCGCCGUGCUGGAGGCGCUGCGGGGCUUGCUGCUGGAACCGUUGCCAGACGAUCCGCUCGAGGAUCGCAUCGCGGAGCAGUUCAGGAACGACCGCGCGGCGUUCGACAAGGCGGCGAAGGACUUUGUGGAGCGCUACGCUAUGGGCGAGCCAACGUUUCCCCCCGCGGCGACGGCGGCGUAG